UAUUCAACAAUUAUCACGAUAACGAGAAUACUACACAGUAUUUAUGCCACUUGACCUGUAGUUUAAGAAUUCAAAGUCAAUUUUCUAGAUAGAAUGAUGGUCGACUUUACUAUUGAUCGCAUCAAAAUUAUUGAUUAUUUAUGGUUGUGAAGCAUUUCAAGCUAACACAUGUGGUGAGACUAUAAUUCAUAGAUGAACCAAUGAGAUUGAGGAUAAGACGUGUUGUAUUUUGAUGCGAAGUUCAUUCAUCCACUUGGCAAAAUGGAGUUCUUGCAUUUUGGUGAUGUCUGUUGAUGAUGAAAAUUCUCAAUCUAAUUCCUAAUUUGAACCAUCAACUGUAAAUCGAAAUUCUAAUUCCUCACACUGGUUUAUAACAAUUGAUUGAUCACUGGGUAGUGAUCAAUUCCAUGUAUAUCAGGUCGUUCAUAAUGCAGAUCGAAUCCUGUCGAACAAGUUGGAAUGAGGUCACUAUUCUGGUAACCAGAAAAGAAUGGAAAAAAUGACAUUGAAAAUUGCCUUUAGUUCUAUACAAUUAAAUGAAUUUAAUUCAUAUCGUUAUGGUAUUAUUCUACCAUUCAAUAAACAAAUUAUAUGUAAACAAUUUAAUUUAAAUCAAUGGCCAAUAACAAAAUUAUGGAGAAACAUUUUUCGAAAUAUAUUUCAUUGCAAAUUAUUACAACGUUUUCAUGAAUCUAAAUUAUUAUUAUUGAAUAAUAAUAAUCAUCAUCUUAUUAUACCAUAUGAAAUUGACAUAGAUUAUAAUCAUUUCACUAUAUUAACAAAUUAUUAUCCAUACGGUAAUUUAUUUGAAUGGUUUCAACAAAGAUUCACAUUCACUAUUGAAGAUAUAUAUUAUAUUAUAAAAUAUUUAUGUGAAGCUGUCAAUUAUUUACAUAGUAACCAUAUUUACCAUGGUAACAUUAAACCAUAUAAUAUAUUCUUUAAAGCAUUUCAUCCUAAAUCAUUAUCCUUAGUAUUAGAUUUUAGUGUAUUAACAGAGAUCAAUAUAUUAUGUAAUCAUAAUGAUACAAAAUUAUUUAUAUAUUGGUCACCAGAAUAUAUGAUACAUGUUAAAGUAACCAUGGAUGAUAUACAUUCAACUGAAAAAGACAAUAUAUGUUAUAUUAUGAAAGAAUUAUGGAAGAAAAAAUCAAUGGAAUUAGAUACAUGGUCUAUUGGUGUUAUUAUGUAUUUAUUAUUGACUGGGAAAUUACCAUUUAUUGAUCAAUAUAAAGAAUUGAAUACAUUUAUGAAUGAUAUCAAAACAAAUUCUAUACAAUUAAAUCAUUCAUUAUUAUUAUAUAAUAUUGAUAAAUCAAUAUAUCAAAUCAUUAAUAUGUUAUUACAAAUCGAUAUACAUCAACGUAUUGAUCUUAAUCAAUUUAUGAUAAUCAAUUGGUUGCAUAAUAUUCAUCAUGAUAAUAAACAAAGAGAUAUAAAAUCAAUUAUAGAAUAUAAUUUUUUAACUACAUUUAUACAACAUCAAAUGGAAUCAGAGAAUACAUUGAAACAAUUAAAACAUUUUAUGAAAAUUACACAUUCAAAUGUACAAUGA